UGAGGGCGGGCCGCCUGGUCCCCGCCUGCUGCUCCGCCUCCUGGGAUCGGGACUUUUCUCCUCUGGGCCGACGGGACUGGAACUGGCUGCGGCUGCGGCGGGAGCAGGCUGACGGGCAGGAUGAGGCUGCGGCUCCUAGUCGCUGCGCUCUGCACUGCCGAGGUCCUGGUGGGGGCGCCUGGAGUGUGGGCCCAGUCCAGAGAUAGAGUGACCUGCACACGCCUUUACGCCGCUGACAUUGUGUUCUUACUCGAUGGCUCGUCAUCCAUUGGCCGCAGCAACUUCCGCGAAGUGCGAGGAUUCCUGGAGGGGCUGGUGCUGCCUUUCUCAGGGGCGGCCAGUGCGCAGGGCGUACGAUUUGCUACAGUGCAGUACAGUGAUGACCCACAGACAGAAUUUGGUCUGGAUGCACUCGGCUCUGGAGGUGACACCAUCCGUGCCAUUCGUGAACUCAACUAUAAGGGUGGCAACACGCGCACGGGGGCCGCUCUUCACCAUGUUUCUGACCGUGUCUUCUUGCCCCACCUAACACGACCUAACAUCCCCAAGGUCUGCAUCCUGAUCACAGAUGGGAAGUCCCAAGACUUAGUGGACACAGCAGCCCAGAAACUGAAGGGACAGGGAGUCAAGCUGUUUGCUGUGGGAAUCAAGAAUGCUGACCCCGAGGAGCUGAAGCGGGUUGCUUCACAGCCAACCAGUGACUUCUUCUUCUUUGUCAAUGACUUCAGCAUCUUGAGGACACUGUUGCCUCUCAUUUCCCGGAGGGUGUGCACAACUGCUGGUGGUGUGCCUGUGACCCUGCCUUUUGAUGACACUCCAUCUGGGCCCCGGGACCUUGUGCUGUCUGAGCCAAGUAGUCAGUCCUUGCAAGUAAAGUGGACAGCAGCUAGUGGCCCAGUGACUGGCUACAAGAUUCAGUACACCCCUCUGACAGGGCUGGGACAGCCGCUGCCAAGCGAGCGACAGGAGGUGAACGUCCCAGCUGGUGAGACCAGCACGAGACUACAGGGUCUCCGGCCACUUACUGAAUACCAAGUGACUGUGGUUGCCCUCUACGCCAACAGCAUCGGGGAGGCCGUGAGUGGCACAGCUCGGACCACUGCCGAGGAAGGGCUGGAGCUGAGUGUCCAGAACAUCACAUCCCACAGCCUUCUGGUGGCCUGGAGGAGAGUCCCAGGUGUCACUGGCUACCGUGUAGCAUGGCGGGACCUCAGUGGUGGGACAACACAGCAGCAGGACCUGAGUCCUGGACAGGGGUCAGUAUUUUUAUAUCACUUGGAGCCGGGCACGGACUAUGAGGUGACUGUGAGCGCCCUCUAUGGCCACAGUGUGGGGCCUGCCACUUCUCUGACUGCCCGCACUGACUCCUCGGUGGAGCAGACCCUGCACCCUGUCAUCUUGAGCCCCACAUCCAUCCUCCUUUCCUGGAACUUGGUGCCUGAGGCCCGUGGCUACCGGCUAGAGUGGCGUCGUGAGAGUGGCUUGGAACCACCACAGAAAGUGGUACUGCCCUCUGAUGUGACCCGCCACCAGUUGGAUGGGUUGCAGCCUGGCACUGAGUAUCGUCUCACACUCUAUACUCUGUUGGAGGGCCGGGAGGUGGCCACUCCUGCAACCAUAGUUCCUACUGGGCCAGAGCAGCCAGUGAGUGAGGUGAUGAAUUUACAAGCCAUAGAACUGUCUGGGCAGCGGGUGCGAGUGUCUUGGAACCCAGUCCCCAGUGCCACUGAGUACCGUGUCACUGUGCGCAGCACCCAGGGGGUUGAGCGGACCCUGUUGCUUCCUGGGAGUCAGACAUCCUUUAACUUAGAUGACGUUCAAGCUGGGAUUAGCUACACAGUGCGGGUGUCUGCUCGAGUGGGCUCUCGUGAGGGUGGUGCCAGCGUCCUAACCAUCCGCAGAGAUCCAGAAACCCAACUUACUGUUCCAGGACUGCGGGUUGUGGCAUCAGAUUCAACAAGAAUUAGGGUGACCUGGGGACCUGUACCUGGAGCCAGUGGAUUCCGGAUUAGCUGGAGGACAGGCAGUGGUCCAGAGUCCAGCCAGACACUGCCCCCAGACUCUACUGCCACAGACAUCCUGGGGCUGCAGCCUGGAACCUCUUAUCAUGUGGCUGUGUCAGCACUUCGAGGGAGAGAGGAAGGUCCCCCUGUGGUCAUCGUGGCUCGAACUGAUCCACUGGGCCCAGUGAGGAGAGUCCAUUUGACUCAGGCUGGCAGCUCAUCUAUCAGCAUUGCCUGGACCGGGGUUCCUGGAGCCACAGGAUACAGGGUUUCCUGGCACUCUGGCCAUGGUCCAGAGAAAUCUCAGUUGGUUUCUGGGGAAGCCACGGUGGCUGAAAUUGAUGGGCUGGAGCCAGACACAGAGUAUACAGUGCGUGUGCGAACCCACGUAGCUGGUGUGGAUGGAGCCCCUGCCUCUGUGGUUGUGAAGACUGCCCCUGAGCCUGUGGGCAGUGUGUCAAAACUGCAAAUCCUCAAUGCCUCCAGUGAUGUUCUACGGGUCACUUGGGUGGGAGUCCCUGGAGCCACAGCCUAUAGACUGGCAUGGGGACGGAGUGAAGGUGGCCCUAUGCGACACCAGAUACUCCCGGGAAACAAAGACUCUGCAGAGAUCCGGGGUCUCGAAGGCGGAGUCAGCUACUCAGUGAGAGUGACAGCACUUGUUGGGGACCGAGAGGGUGCACCAGUCUCUAUUGUCGUCACCACACCGCCUGAGGCGCCAACACCUCUGGAGAGCCUUCAAGUAGUGCAGCGCGGAGAGCACUCCUUGAGGCUGCGCUGGGAGCGGGUACCCGGAGCACUGGGCUUCCGUCUGCACUGGCAACCUGAGGGUGGCCAGGAGCAGUCCCUGACCUUGAGACCUGAGUCUAACAGCUACAACCUGGAUGGACUGGAGCCAGCAACACUGUACCACAUAUGGCUGAGUGUCCUGGGGCAGACUGGAGAGGGGCCCCCUAGGAAGGUGUCUGCACACACAGAGCCCUCUCCUGUCCUGAGCACUGACCUGCGUGUGGUGGACAUCUCUACUGACUCAGUGACUUUGGCCUGGACCCCAGUGCCUGAUGCAUCCAGCUACAUCUUGUCCUGGCGGCCACUCAGAGGAACUGGCCAGGAAGUGCCUGGGGCUCCACAGACACUGCCAGGGACCUCAAGCUCCCACAGGGUGACAGGCCUAGACCCUGGUGUUUCCUAUGUCUUCUCUCUGGCACCUAUCCAGAGGGGUGUCCGAGGUCCCGAGGUCUCUGUCACACAGAAGCCAGCGUGUCCCCAUGGCCAGGUGGAUGUGGUGUUCGUGCUGCAUGCCACUCGAGACAAUGCUCACAAUGCAGAGGCUGUAAGGCGGGCCCUGGAGAGGCUGGUGUCUGCACUCGGGCCUCUUGGUCCACAGGCUGCUCAGGUUGGCCUACUGUCCUACAGUCACCGGCCCUCCCCGUUGUUCCCGCUGAAUAGUUCUCGUGAUCUUGGCAUCAUCUUGCAAAAGAUCCGGGACAUCCCCUAUGUGGACCCAAGUGGAAACAACCUAGGCACAGCUGUGAUCACAGCUCACAGCCACCUCUUGGCACCCAAUGCUCCUGGUCGCCGUCAGCGAGUGCCAGGAGUGAUGGUCUUGUUAGUGGAUGAGCCACUGAGAGGGGACAUAUUCAGCCCCAUACGUGAGGUCCAGGCUUCUGGGCUCAAGGUGAUGACGUUGGGCUUGGCGGGAGCUGACCCAGAGCAGCUGCGUCGCUUGGCACCAGGCCUGGACCCCAUCCAGAACUUCUUUGCCACAGAUAAUGGCCCAAGCUUGGACCGAGCAGUCAGUGAUCUGGCAGUAGCUCUGUGUCAGGCAGCUGUGGCCACACAGCCACAACCGGAGCCUUGUGCUGUGCAUUGUCCAAAGGGUCAGAAGGGGGAGCCUGGAGCAACGGGUCUGCAAGGACAGGCUGGACCUCCUGGUCCCCCCGGUCUCCCGGGUAGGACCGGUGCUCCUGGCCCACAAGGUCCCCCUGGAAGUACCCAGGCGAAAGGAGAGAGGGGCUUUCCUGGCCCAGUAGGGCCUCCAGGCAGCCCUGGCCUCACUGGUGCUCCUGGGUCUCCUGGCAUUAAGGGCUCCCCAGGGUGGCCUGGCCCUCGUGGGGAACCGGGAGAGCGAGGGCCUCGGGGCCCAAAGGGGGAGCCGGGGGAGCCCGGGGAAGUCAUUGGAGGUGAAGGGCCAGGGCUUCCUGGAAAGAAAGGGGACCCUGGACCUUCGGGGCCCCCUGGACCUCGUGGCCCUUUGGGGGACCCAGGACCCCGUGGCUCCCCAGGGAUUCCUGGAACAUCAGUGAAGGGUGACAAAGGUGAUCGUGGGGAACGGGGUCCCCCAGGACCAGGUAUUGGUGGCACUGGACAAGGCGAGCCUGGACUUCCGGGUCUUCCUGGAAGCCCUGGACCCCAAGGCCCAGCAGGCCGUGCUGGAGAGAAAGGAGAGAAGGGUGACUGUGAGGAUGGAGCCCCAGGCCUUCCAGGACAACCUGGGGCCCCAGGUGAACCGGGCCUACGGGGAACUCCUGGAAUUACUGGGCCCAAAGGUGACCGGGGACAGACAGGGACCCCGGGUGAGCCCGGAGAAAAGGGUGAACGGGGACCGCCCGGUCCAGUGGGACCCCAGGGGCUUCCCGGGGUUGCUGGCCAUCCUGGAGUGGAGGGUCCUGAGGGGCCACCAGGACCCGCUGGCCGUAGAGGAGAAAAGGGAGAGCCUGGUCGCCCUGGAGAUCCUGCAGUGGGUCCUGGUGGUGCUGGAGCCAAAGGAGAAAAGGGAGAUGCUGGGCUUCCUGGGCCUCGAGGAGCUGCUGGAAUCAAAGGGGAACAAGGCCCACCUGGGUUGGCGCUUCCUGGAGACCCUGGCCCCAAAGGAGACCCUGGAGACCGGGGUCCCAUUGGCCUCACUGGCAGAGCAGGACCCACAGGUGACUCGGGGCCUCCUGGAGAGAAGGGAGAUCCAGGACGACCAGGGCCCCCAGGACCUGUUGGCCCCCGGGGAAGAGAUGGUGAAGUUGGAGAAAAAGGUGUCGAGGGAAACCCGGGUGACCCAGGUUUGCCUGGAAAAGCAGGCGAGCGUGGCCUUCGGGGCGCACCUGGGGUCCGGGGGCCUGCGGGUGAGAAAGGUGACCAGGGAGACCCUGGAGAAGAUGGACGGAAUGGCAGCCCUGGACCAUCUGGACCCAAGGGUGACCGUGGGGAGCCGGGCCCCCCGGGUCCCCCUGGACGGCUGGUGGAUGCAGGAAUUGGAUCCAGAGACAAGGGAGAGCCUGGACAGGAAGGUCCUCGAGGACCCAAGGGUGACCCUGGCCCCCCUGGAGCCUCUGGAGAAAGGGGCAUUGAGGGGCUUCGGGGACCCCCCGGCCCACAGGGAGACCCAGGUGUUCGAGGCCCUGCAGGAGACAAGGGUGAUCGGGGCCCCCCAGGGCUGGAUGGCCGGAAUGGGGUGGAUGGGAAGCCAGGUGCACCUGGCCCCCCAGGGCCACAUGGUGCUUCAGGCAAAGCCGGGGACCCUGGGAGAGAUGGGCUUCCAGGCCUUCGAGGAGAACAUGGCCCUGCUGGUCCCCCUGGCCCUCCUGGAGUACCUGGAAAGACAGGCGAGGAUGGCAAACCUGGCCUAAAUGGGAAAAACGGAGAACCUGGAGACCCUGGAGAAGAUGGAAGGAAGGGGGAAAAGGGAGAUUCUGGUGCCCCUGGAAGAGAAGGCCCUGAUGGUCCCAAAGGUGAACGUGGAGCUCCUGGUGAUCCUGGACUGCGGGGUCCUCCCGGUCUCCCAGGACAGGUCGGUCCCCCUGGCCAGGGUUUCCCUGGUGUCCCAGGAAGUAUGGGUCCCAAGGGUGACCGUGGAGAGACUGGAUCCAAAGGGGAACAGGGCCUUCCUGGAGAACGUGGCCUACGAGGAGAACCUGGGAGCUUGCCGAAUGCAGAGAGACUACUGGAAACAGCUGGCAUCAAGGUGUCGGCCCUGCGGGACAUUGUGGAGACCUGGGGUGAGAGCUCUGGCAGCUUCCUCCCUGUGCCUGAACGGAGACCUGGCCCCAAGGGGGACCCUGGUGAGCGAGGCCCUCCUGGCAAGGAGGGUUCCAUCGGCUUUCCUGGAGAGCGUGGGCUGAAGGGAGACCGUGGAGACCCUGGCCCUCAGGGGCCUCCUGGUCUGGCCCUUGGUGAGAGGGGCCCACCUGGACCACCUGGCCUUGCUGGGGAACCUGGAAAGCCUGGCAUUCCUGGCCUCCCAGGCCGGGCUGGUAGUGCUGGGGAGGCAGGACGGCCAGGAGAGAGGGGAGAACGUGGAGAGAAAGGAGACCGUGGAGAGCAGGGCAGAGAUGGCCUUCCUGGCCUCCCUGGACCACCUGGCCCUCCUGGCCCCAAGGUGGCCAUCGAUGAGCAAGGUCCUGGACUCUCUAGAGAACAAGGGCCCCCUGGGCUCAAGGGUGCUAAGGGGGAGCCAGGUAGUGAUGGUGACCACGGACCCAAAGGAGAUAAGGGUGCACCAGGCAUUAAAGGAGACCAGGGAGAGCCUGGGAAGAGGGGUCAUGAUGGCAGCCCGGGUCUGCCGGGAGAGCGUGGUGUGGCUGGGCCAGAAGGGAAGCCGGGUCUUCAGGGCCCAAGGGGGACCCCUGGCCCAGCGGGUGGCCAUGGAGACCCUGGACCAUCUGGUGCCCCGGGUCUUGCUGGCCCUGCAGGACCCCAGGGACCUUCAGGCCUGAAGGGGGAACCUGGAGAGACAGGACCCCCAGGACGGGGUCUGCCUGGACCUACUGGAGCUGUGGGACUUCCUGGCCCUCCUGGCCCUUCAGGCCUUGUGGGUCCACAAGGGUCACCAGGUUUGCCUGGACAAGUGGGGGAGACGGGGAAGCCAGGACCCCCAGGUCGUGAUGGUACCAGUGGAAAGGAUGGAGAGAGGGGAGGUCCUGGUGUGCCAGGGUUACCAGGUCUGCCUGGCCCUGUUGGACCUAAAGGAGAACCUGGACCUGUGGGGGCCCCUGGACAGGUGAUGGUUGGGCCCCCUGGAGCAAAAGGCGAGAAGGGUGCCCCAGGAGACCUGGCUGGAGACCUGCUGGGUGAGCCGGGAGCCAAAGGUGACCGAGGACUGCCAGGACCAAGGGGUGAGAAGGGUGAAGCUGGCCGUGCAGGAGAGCCUGGAGACCCUGGGGAAGAUGGUCAAAAAGGGGCUCCAGGACUCAAAGGUCUCAAGGGUGAGCCAGGAAUUGGGGUUCAGGGCCCCCCUGGGCCAACUGGUCCUCCAGGGAUGAAGGGCGACGUGGGCUCCCCAGGAGCUCCUGGUGUUGUUGGAUUCCCUGGUCAGACAGGACCUCGAGGAGAGACAGGCCAGCCAGGGCCUGUUGGGGAGAGGGGUCUGGCAGGCCCUCCAGGGAGAGAGGGUGCCCCAGGUCCCUUGGGACCACCUGGACCACCAGGGUCAGUGGGAGCACCUGGCGCCUCUGGACUCAAAGGAGACAAGGGAGACCCAGGAACAGGGCUGCCCGGGCCCCGAGGCGAGCGUGGUGAGCCAGGUGUCCGGGGUGAAGAUGGCCACCCCGGCCAAGAAGGACCUCGAGGACUCAUGGGGCCUCCUGGCAGCAGGGGAGACCGAGGGGAGAAGGGUGACACUGGACCUGCAGGGCUAAAGGGUGACAAGGGUGACUCAGCUGUGAUUGAGGGGCCUCCAGGGAUACGAGGUGCCAAAGGGGACAUGGGUGAACGAGGACCUCGAGGAAUAGAUGGUGACAAAGGACCUCGGGGAGACAAUGGGAAUCCUGGUGACAAGGGCUCCAAAGGAGAGCCUGGUGACAAAGGCUCAGCUGGAUCAAUUGGAGUUCGAGGACUCCCAGGACCCAAGGGUGAGACAGGUGCCACAGGGAUCCCUGGUGAGCCGGGAGCCCCAGGAAAGGAUGGAGCCCCUGGUUUCCGAGGAGACAAAGGAGAUAUUGGCUUCAUGGGUCCCCGGGGUCUAAAGGGUGAGAGAGGAAUGAAGGGAGCCUGUGGCCUUGAUGGAGAAAAAGGAGCUAAGGGAGAAGCUGGUUUUCCUGGCCGCCCUGGAUUGGCAGGACGCAAAGGAGACGCAGGGGAGCCUGGUGUGCCGGGUCAGUCUGGGUCUCCUGGCAAAGAGGGCCUGAUUGGUCCCAAGGGUGACAGAGGCUUUGAUGGGCAGUCAGGACCCAAGGGUGACCAGGGUGAGAAAGGAGAGAGGGGGCCCCCAGGAGUUGGGGGCUUCCCAGGUCCCAGAGGAAAUGAUGGCUCUAGCGGUCCCCCAGGGCCACCUGGUGGUGUUGGUCCCAAAGGCCCUGAAGGACUUCAGGGUCAGAAGGGUGAGAGAGGUCCCCCUGGAGAGAGUGUGGUGGGGGCUCCUGGUGCUCCUGGUGCCCCCGGUGAGAGAGGGGAGCAGGGGCGACCAGGACCUGCUGGCCCUCGUGGGGAGAAAGGAGAAGCUGCACUGACUGAGGAUGACAUUCGGGGCUUUGUACGUCAGGAGAUGAGUCAGCAUUGUGCCUGCCAGGGCCAGUUUAUUGCGUCUGGAUCACGACCCCUCCCCAGCUACGCUGCAGAUACAGCUGGUCCCCAGCUCCACCAUGUGCCUGUGCUCCGGGUCUCUCAUGUAGAGGAGGAAGGCCAGGUACCCCCUGAAGAUGAUGACGACUUCUCUGAGUACUCUGUGUAUUCUGUGGAGGACUACCACGACCCUGAAGUUCCUUGGGAUGGUGAUGGGGAUAUCAAGGGCUGGGACCAGAGAGGUUCAGACCCCUGCUCCCUACCACUGGAUGAGGGCUCCUGUACUGCCUAUACCCUGCGCUGGUACCAUCGGGCUGUGCCUGGUGGCACAGCCUGCCAUCCCUUUGUCUAUGGCGGCUGUGGAGGGAAUGCCAACCGUUUUGGAACCCGUGAGGCAUGUGAGCGCCGCUGCCCACCCCAAGUAGUCCACAGCCAAAGAACAGGUGCUGCCUAGGGCCGAAGCCUGCAUGAUGCACUAGAUGGUCAUCAGUUCCUGGAGGUGGCAGGGCUCAGCGGGGUCCUGCCAUUCUCCGUUUGGUGCUAGAGUUCUGUGUGCCCGUGAGCGUGUGUGCGUGUCCACCAUUUCAGUGACUUGGUCCUGUGGGUCUAGCCUUCCCCCUUGUGGACAAAUCCCCAUUGUGGUGCCUGCUUUCCUGGCAGAUGACUCACUUGUUGGGGGUGGUUGUGGGCACUGAAUGGAUGUGACUGGUGUCCAACCUGCCCCUUGACCCAAGGCUGUGAUGCCAUGGUGCUGUUUCGGGGGGAGAGCAUUAAAGCUGCUGUUUUAAAAGGC